AUGAAAGUCAUCACUUCUCUUCUUUUCUUAGUAUUGAUUGCCAACUUAUUUAUUGUCGGAACUAUUGCUUCCCCAGAAAUUGCUACUUUUGUUGAUGAAAAUAUUAAUAAUCACCAAGUAACCGUCUUCUCUAAAAGCUAUUGCCCAUAUUGCCAAAGAUUGGUUGGCUUGUUGAAGAAAUUAUCAAUUGAAAAUGUUAAUGUUGUACAACUUGAUCAAUUGGCCGAUGGCUUUGAAAUUCAACAAGAAGUUUCAUCAAGAAGUGGAUCCAGAACAGUUCCUUCCUUGUGGAUUGGUCAACAAUAUGUAGGAGGUUGCGAUUUGGCUCAUAAGCUUCACAAAACUGGAGAACUCCAAAAGCUUUUGGAACAAAACAAUGUUAAAUUUGUUGAUUUCAAGGAUGAACUCUAA